AGCCUCUCAGUGCCUUGGCUAAAAUUACUAUGGUGAUGUAAGUGCAGAAAUUGGCCUGUCUGAGUAUAUACAAGAUCACUUGAGCACAGGAUCCAGACGGACCUCGAGCAACAUCUCAGUGCCCAGCCUUCCCCUAAACCCUACACUCCUACACAGAGGGGAGAGGAUGCAGACCGCAAACCAUGACCUGAGCAAGCAGUGGCAGCAACAGGCACGGGCACUGAGUAGAGAAGCUCGAGGAGAAGGCCUGAAUCUAGGGAAGAAGGUCAGCACACCAAAGGAUGUAAUGAUUGAGGAGCUGAACCUGACAUCCAACAGAGGUUCCAGGAUGUUCCAAGAGAGGCAGAAAAGAGUGGACAAAUUCACAGUGGAGAACACAGCAGAUGCACCUACCUUCAUAUAUGAUGGCCUGAAUCAGAUGCAGGCCCAGAGUCAGGUCCAGUUGGCAUCACGGGCUCAAGGCGGGAAGGAGAACAUGGCACACCCCAUAGCCGGUAAACAUAGUCUGGUUACCACUCUGAUGGAAACUGUCUCCAAGAAAGGCAGCCCCAACGUCCUUGCUCCAGGCUACUCUGGCCCUUUAAAAGAAAUUCCUCGAGAAAAGUUCAACAUUACUGUAAUCCCUAAAUCCUACUGCUCACCAUGGAGAGAGGCACUGAGGGGCAAUGAAGAGUUACUAACAUCUAUGAGCCCACAGCUUCCUGAACCAGAGAAACGUCAGCCUGCAAACUACAGAUGCUUCAACAGGGUAGCGAUGCCAUUUGGGGGUCCCAUGCACAGUAAGAGGGUUAUUCCCACCAUCAGCUUUGAAGCAGUGGAGUCCCAGAAUUUGCCAGGCCCCACAGUGGAGAGGAUGGUCAAACGGCCCAAUUUCAACAGAGCACCUCGCGGCUGGGCCACAAGUUACUUACCCGAGUCUAAUGAACUCUGAGUGCAUCGGGGUCAAAGCCCUGACUGUCUAAAGUUUACUAAUAGCUGAGAGCCUGUGGCACUCGCUGUUCUGAUGCCUUUUGAUCAUAGACAAUAAUUCUGGGUUUGCUGCAGAAGGCAGAAUAUCAGGUUUUAACCAUGGGCAUUCAUAAAAGCUAGAACUGGGAUGCUAACUGGAAUAAUGUGGGUCUUUGAGAGAAAGGUUGAGUCUUUGUAGUAGGCAGUAACUGUAAACUAAAAGCUUAAGAUGAAUGCACUUCAACUUAAUUUAUUCAAAUGGUGUUGAUGCAAACGAAUGCCAGGAUAUGAUUCUCAGUACAAUAUUGUCUUGUUUUGUCCUUAUAAGAAGAGUACACCUGAACAACUGGAAUAUGGCACUGUAACAUGUGAUCUUCAACAGUGUCCAAGAUUUAUUUUAUAAUUAAAUUCUGAAUUGAACUUCUUUCAUCUCCAUGCUGAGCUAGUUUUGAUUUAUUGAAUAGUUUCUUACUAUUACUGCCUGCUUACGCUGACACCAAUGGGAUUUAGCUCUCGCCUUAAUCUCUACCUAACGAGAGUAAUGCAGCAGCACUUUAAUCCUUUAGUCUGUCCGGAUAUCUCACCUCCUUUCCUGGUCACUCUACUCAAACAGGUGAGGUUCCAAAGCUUCGCUGUUUGCCAUCACAUAGAUUACAAACAAGAUGAAUAUAGUCUCUGCCGUAACUGGCUCAUCAAUAUUACAUUAAUCAUGCAUGAUGGGUGAGAAAUCUAGUGAGAAACCCUAGCUCUUUUGGUUUGUUUAGGAUCAAAUCUUAACUGUUUUGUAAGUAAGUACAAGAUUUUUUUUUUUCAAACCUGUCCUAUUAAACACCAUUGUAAUGUU